AAAGCAAAAGCACACACUAGGAACUUUCCUUUUCCAAGUCUAUAUAUAUCAAUCAAAUGCCAAUGCUCUUUUCUUAUAUCUUAUUGCAAGAAGAAAAAAAUAUAUAUAUAUUCAGCACCUUUCAGUUUAAAUCAUGAAGAACAAGGCAUCUGGUUUCCUGAAACAGGUAGUCUCUUCUGUGUUGGUCAGUUCCAUUGCCAAAGCCAAAUCCAUGGUGGAUAAGGGCAAAACUAGUGCUUCCAAAGCCCGCCUUAUAAUCCUCACUUUGAUGAGGAACAAGAAGGCGGUGUUGCUGGGUCCAAUCUCCAAAAAGAUCCAUGGAUUCCUCGGGGACAAGGAAAAUGACCCCCAAGACGAUGAAAGCAAAGCCAUUGUUCCAUUUCAAUACAACGAUGAUGAUGAUGCUCAGGUGGCUGAUGAUGAUAAGUACCCUGAUUUGACCCACUAUCUGUUUGAUGAAAAGGAGCUGGAGUUAGAGGCGGAGGCUGAAAGCGGAUCGGUGAUCGAGAUGGUGAAGAAGUCGAAAGAAGAAGGGGAAGAUUUCAGUUUGGAAGACGAGAUCGAUCACGUUGCGGACUUAUUCAUAACCAGGUUUUAUAAACAAAUGCGCCUCCAGAAACUCUUGUCCUUCAAGAGAAAUCAACAAAUGCAGGAGGGAAACCAUUAGAGACUUUAGACGUUUUUUUAUUAUGAUUGCUGUAAUUUGUUUGUUUUAGUUUGAAGCUUCCAUUAGAAGUUCAAUUCUCUUGCCUGAGAAUACCUACCAUCUGCAUUUGGCUUUUAUUGGUACUUUCAGAAAUGCAUGUAGCCAAAUUGUUUUUAACACUCAUAGCUAGGUCUAUAUGUAAAAAAGUUUUUAUUUUUAAAUACUUCAAUAAAAAUAUAAUUCAUUUUGAUAUACAA